AUGGAAACCGCAGCGCAGACACCGGAGCUGAGGGCAAUGGCGACUGAGGGUAAGGGGGUGGCGAUUGAGGUGCAGGCGGAAGAGCGGCGGCAGCUGGCAAGGAAAGCGGAGGCGGAGGCGGAGGCCGUGAAGGAGAUGAAUGUGAUGGUGGCGGUGGACCAGAGCGAGAGCAGCUUCUAUGCGCUACAGUGGGCGUUGGAGAAUCUGUUCCGGAGGAAGGGAGCGGCGGUGGAGACGGAGGAGGUGGGGAUGGUGACGGUGGUCCAUGUGCAGCAGCCCUUCCAUAACUACGUCUUACCUGCGGGACCUGGUAUUUAUGCAACAUCGACAGUUAUUGAAUCUGUGAGGAAAGCCCAAGAGCAAAAUUCUUCUGUGAUACUUUCUCGGGCAUUGCGACUAUGCAAAGAUAAGAUGGUUAAAGCUGAAACCCUAAUAUUGGAUGGGGAUCCGAAGGAAAUGAUUUGCCAGGCUGCUGAGCAAAUGCAUGUUGAUCUUCUUCUUGUAGGCAGCCGAGGCCUUAGCAGGCUCAAAAGGGCAUUUUUAGGGAGUGUGAGUGACUAUUGUGCCCACUAUGCAAAAUGUCCAAUCCUCAUAGUGAAGCCACCAAAGGAGAAGCUGUCCAGGGAGUCCAGCACCUAA